CUGUUCUUCUUUGCAACUCCCCACCCUCUCUUCUUAAUUCUUUCUCUUAGUAUGAGACUUCAAGAAAAUGGCUGAGGCUGGUAUUUCAACAGAUCAGGAUCGGUUCAGCUGUCCAGUGUGUCAGGAACUCCUGAAGGAUCCUGUAACGACUCCCUGUGGCCACAGUUUCUGUAAGGUGUGUAUUAAUGGCUUCUGGGAUAAAGAAGAUCAGAAGGGCAUCUACAGCUGUCCCGAGUGUAGAGACACUUUCUCUCCAAGGCCUGUUCUAUGCAGGAACAAAAUGCUGGCUGAAGUGGUGGAGGAACUGAAGGACACUGAACUUCAAUCUGCUUCUACUAUUCACUGUUACGCUGGACCUGGAGAUGUGGAGUGUGAUUCCUGCAUCGGGAGAAAACGCAAAGCUGUUAAUUCCUGUCUGGUUUGUCAGGCCUCCUAUUGUGAAGAUCAUCUUCAACCUCACUAUCAGUCUCCUGCCUUUAAGAAGCACAAGUUAGUCAAAACUGGGGCAGAGCUCCAGAAGAAUCUCUGCUUUCAGCAUGACAAACUGAUGGAGCUCUACUGUCGUACUGACCAAAGCUUCAUCUGUUACUUGUGUAUGAUGGAUAAACACAAAGGUCAUGAUACAGUUUCAACUAAAACAGAAAGAACUGAAAAACAGAAUGAGUUAAAGGAAGAGCAGAUAAAAUCCCAGCAGAAGAUCCAGGAGAAGCAGAAGAAGCUGCAUGAGCUGAAACAGACUGUGGACAUUAUUAAGAUGCGUUCACAGGCAGCAGAAGAGGAUGAGAGGAUCUUUAAUGAGCUGAUCAGCUCCAUGGAAAAAAAGCGUUCAGAGGUGGCGGAGCUGAUCAAAGUUCAGGAGGAAUCUGAAGUGAGUCGAGCUAAACGACUCGUGAAUCAAGCUGAGCAGGAGAUUGCUGAUCUUAAGAGGAGAAUCACUGAGAUGGAGCAGCUUUCACGCACACAUGAUGAUAUCCAUUUCCUCCAGAGUUUCCCGACUCUCUGUGUUUCUCCUGGAUGUGACGACUCACUCAGCUUCACUGUCAAUCAACAUCUCUCAUUUGAUGGAGUGAGGAAAUCUCUCUCAGGUCUGAAAAAACAAGUCGAACAAAUCUGUGAGGAGGAAUUCAACAAAAUACAACCACAAGCUGCAGUAGAAGAGAAGAUUUUACCCUCAGGACUAAAGAUCAACGAACGCAAUCUGCAAUAUGUGAAAAAAAGAGUUGAGGAAGUCUUAUUGCCAAAAAUCCAUCCACAAGCUGCAGCAGUUCAGUCGAGUUUACCUUCAGAACCAGAUAGCAGAGAAGAUUUUCUGCAGUAUUUCUGUUAUCUGACUCUGGAUCCAAACACAGUACAUCCUCAACUCAUUCUGUCUGAGAAGAACAGAGUGGUGACACGGAGUGAGACACAACAGCGAUACUCUGAUCAUCCAGAGAGAUUUGACUCCUGGCCUCAGGUGUUGUGUAAGGAGAGUGUGUGUGGACACUGUUACUGGGAGGUGGAGAGGAGAGGUGAUGUGUUAAUAUCAGUGUCAUAUAAAAAGAUCAGCAGGAAAGGACAGGGUAAAGAAUCUCAGUUUGGAUUCAGCAGUCAGUCCUGGAGUCUGCGGUGUAAUUCUUCCUCUGUUUUUUUCUGGCACAACAACCGUAAGACCGUGCUCCAAGGUCCAUCAUCCUCCAGAAUAGGAGUGUAUGUGAAUCCCAGGGCAGGAACUCUGUCCUUCUACAGUGUCUCAGACACCAUGAGGCUCCUGCACAGAGUCCACACCACAUUCACUCACCCUCUAUACGCUGGAUUCUGUAUAUGGAGUUAUGAUUUACCCGUGUCUUUGUGUGAUCCAAAAUAAUAUGUUUCAGUGUCAGUAUGUGCAGAAACUGUAACAUUUAUAUUAAAAUUAAGUUUUACUUAAUUAUAUUUAGGGUUAGGGUUCUAUUCACAAACAAAUGACAUAUAUAAUCUUUUAUCACAGAAUGUAGGAUGUUUGGAGAACAAAUAAAUGCUAUUAAAUGGUUAAUUUAAACAGAUAUUACCAAUGACUUCUGAACCCCUUUUAUGUUGAAUUGGCUAUGCACCUAAAUCAUUUAAUCUAGCAGUUAUCAAACAUUUAAUAAAAAAACAGACCUGGACCCAAGCCAGCUGUUCAACUAUAGGUCAAUAUCAAACCUUCGCUUUACCUCCAAUAUCCUUGAGUUAAGGUUGUGUUUAGUGACUUCAGUCACUCACUUGAAGCUCAUGUAGAUAAUAUAACUUCAUCAAUCCUGUUGCCCUAACCAUUGUUGGAAUCUCGUCCCCUGGUGUGCACUCUGCUGGGGAUUGAUCUGCAUGGACAGCACAUGACUCAUGGAAUUGCUGUGGUUGGGGCCACCUGGAGAUUGUCACACAACUUUUGAACUAAUGUUGUGCCAGUCAGCUUUGUGCUCGGGUCUUCAUCAGCAAUCAUUUGAACACUUUGGCAGGAAGGAAUUAGUGUUGGGUCUGUGGUGAACUUGGAAAUUGUGCUGACCCAUUACGUCCUCAUAAGCUCUUGGUUGCUUAAUUCCACUCAAUUUCAAACUGUUGUAGAAAGGACAUUAUUUACAUUGACAUUAUUUACUGUCCAUUAUAACCAAAAUUAGUAUAAGGUUCUCUUCUGAGUCUUGUUCCUCUCAAGGUUUCUUCCUCUUAUCAUCUCAUGGAGUUUUUUCCUUGCCACCGUUGCCUCCGGCUUCAUCGUUAGGGAUAGAUGUUAAAUAUAAAUAAUAACUUCAUUUUAAACUUUAAACAAUAAAAUUGUGAUUCUAUU